AUGCUUCGCACAACCUUGACCAAGACGGCUGCCUUCCGUCCCCUCCGAGCUGCCUUUUCCACCACUGGUCGAGCCAUGGGCGAAGGCGACACUGGAGCUCCUCCCAAGACCGGCGGCCAAGGUGACGCCUUCCAGCGCCGGGAGCGCGCCAGCGAGGACUUGGCCAUCCGCCAGCGUGAGAAUGAGAAGCUCCGCGAGCUCAAGAAGAAGAUUGCCGAGCAGAAGCAGCACCUCCAGCGCCUCUCCGACCACAUCGACGAAAUCACCAAGGACCAGGGCGGUGAAAAGAACUAA